CCUCUUUUUCGUGACUUGCCAUCUCACAGCCCGUGCAGCCAUCACACUGAACACACAGCCAUGCCACCUCCAUUAAUAGAAGAGCUCGAAGACGAGCAAUAUGCCUCCUCAGAGGACUCGGACUUUGCGCCCGAUGCGGUUCCAGCGACAGCCGACUCAGACGUGUCCGACUCCGAACCCGAAGACGCAGCUGCGGACGCAGAUCAAUCAAGCAAGCGCGCAAAGGCCAAGGCCGACAAAAAGACAGCGGAUGAUGAAGGGUAUGACAAUUCAGGCGACGAGGCUAUCAUCAAAAAGGGGGAGAGGAAGAGCAAGCGGAGGAAAGGGAAAGAUGCAGAUGACGAGGACGAAGGUGGUGAGGGCGGAUUGAUCAAGACAAGGCGCCAGCGCGCUGCAGAAAAGGAAGAGCGUCGGAUGGCUGUCAGCACCGGCCCCGUCACCGUCGACGUCGACGCCCUCUGGGCAGACAUGAUCUCAGGCAAAGCCACUGUACCAGCAAGCCAGCCGGUCGAAGACGUCACCAUGGAAGAGGCUCCCAGACCGGACCCAAUACCAGAAGAAGAAAUGAUCCGUAUAAAACGGACGUACAACUUUGCGGGAAAGGUGCAUACCGAAGAGAAACUGGUUCACAAAGAGUCGGCCGAAGCAAAGCUCUACUUUGCCUCGAACCCGCAGCCAGACGACCAGACACCAGACGCGCCUCCGAAAAGGGCCACACGCAAGGCUUUUCGAAGUCGCUUCGAGCCCCCACCGGUCGAGCGUUUUGCCCAGCGCGCCGAUCUCAACUUGGGCGUCACUGCGCGCCGCGAGGCCGCGGCCAAGAAGCUGAACACGGUCGAGAAGAGCAGGAUGGACUGGGCUGGCUUUGUGGACAAGGAGGGCAUCCAGGACGAACUUCAAAUGGCUGCCAAAUCCAAAGAGUCGUACAAUGCCCGAACGGAAUUCCUGGCGCGGAGUGAAGCGAAGCGUGAUGAGGACGCGCGGAGGGUCAGAAUGGCGGGGCGAACUUGAGGAAAUUAUGAUACCAGCACUAAGCGUUCGAAUUGACUUUCUACACCAAAUUCAGAAAAGAACGAUCAAAAGGUCGAUCUGUUCCGUCGUGUGACUUUGGGCGAUCUUGGUGG